AUUUCGGUUAUUCGAUCGUUGCACUUGGUGCAACUCUAAAUCAUUCUAUUUUGUCCCGUAUUCAACAAAUAAUGCGACGUAAUCCUCGUUUUAUUAAAACAAUAACUAUGAUUAUCUCGUGAAUUGUUCAGAUUUCAUGUGGCCGUAGUGUAUCUUACUGUUGGUUAAUAUAAAUUCAAUCGUUUUACAGUGCAUCAGUCAAGUCAGCUGACGUACGUAAACAAAGGGCAUGUCAAUAUUUUGUGAAGUGGUGAAACACCUUCAAAGUGAUUUGUGAUAGAAAACCUGAUUAAAUUAAUUCUAAUAAAAUGGAUAUUGACGGUUCUUCGGUAACUGGGGAGAUUGACCAAAAUUUAUUAUUACAAUUCAGUUGUAUGAACACAACAGACAGAGAUGAACUUGUUAAUCAAAUGCAGAGACUCUUGGGUCCUAGUAUGAACUAUAAUACUGCAAGCUUUUUCUUGGAUAUGAGCAAUUGGAAUUUACAAACAGCAAUAUGUUGUUACCUAGAUUAUACUUUACCACCAAAGCUACCUUCUAUGUCUCUGAAAGCUGCUCAAAACCAGGAGGCUGCAGUGGGGCCAGGUGCUUGCUUUGAACAAAGUUGGAGUAUCGCCAACACAGGGGCUGAAGGUUGGCCGGGCUGCUGUAGAUUGAUACAAGCAGGUGGUGAGCCUCUCGGCGCCACUCCUGUCUAUGUUCCACCAUUACCUGCAGGACAUUCCACUACAGUUACAUUAAAGUUGGUAGCUCCCACUACACCAGGCACGCACAGAGGGUACUUUCAUUUGGUGACUGAGAAGGGUGACCAAAUAGGGGAUACAUUAUGGGUCGAAGUCACUGUUGAGUCAGAGAUGACAAUGGCUCUUGUUGAACAACUUGCCGCCUUACCCGUCCCAAGUAGUAAUGGCCAGUUUCAGCCACCACAAGAUGACCAGAUGUGUUGAUGAACAGCAGUCACAAAAUAUUUUGUAAAAUUUUCAUUAAUCUAACACUGAUUAUGUUAUUUCUUACUAUACUUAUGUAGGCAGAUAGCUAAAGGACAUUACAUUGUCCAUCUUGUUAAAUAUGAAAUAGCCAAAGAAUCACAACAUCAUUCAGUUCAUUUACUAUAGAAUAUCCUACUUAUACUAUAAAUGCGCAAGUUUAUGUUUGUUAGUUUUCACGCUAAAACUACUGUAUGAAUUUUGAUGGAACUUGGUAGUAGUGUAGCUUAAUAUCAGGAUAAUGAAUAGGCUAUUUAUUCUCACAUGAGUGGUUUCUCUCUGGAAGCGGAUGGAUCCACAGGCGGAAGCUAGAUUACCAUGAAAUAACAUGUUUACUCUGCUUACCUAUUUGUCAUGCAACUUCACCAAACAACAUUAUUGCUCCAAGAAACUUAUGCAAGGCUUUAUUCAGAAAAUUACUAUUGCAAGUUCAUCCUAUUGAUUUAUUUUUUAAUGUUGGGCAUUUUAUUACAAUCUCUUUUUAUCUGAAACAUCUUAUUUUUCUGACUACACCCUUGGCUAAGAUUUCAAUGCAUGUUUACUCAUCACAAUACUAUGCUAUUCAAAUCAAAGACUCAUAUUUGAAGGAAAAUAAUGUACAAACAAAAUACAUUAUACACUUAAAAUGUUGAUUAGCUGUAAGACAACAAAUUAAGAAUUUGUUAGAUAUUGUUGAAUUUUACAAAAUGUAAUAAUGAUUUUAUUAGGAUUAAUUAUUUUUAGAUUGCAUUGCCAUGAAUGUAAUAAUUAUGGGGGAUUAAUUUUAUAGUAUAAAUAAGCAAGUAUAACUAUGAAAUAAUA